CUCCUCCAGCCUGAGGAUCCCGGUUUGCAAGCGGGGUGCUGGCCGAAAAAGACUAGGCAGUCUUCAGCUGGUCUGUAGAUCCCGCGGGACCUCUAAGUGGCGGCACCAUGGAGCGCUCUCUUCGAGAGGGCACUAGUCCCAGCCCCGAGGGCUCUAGCCCCAGCCUAAAUCUCAAGGACCAGCCUUCUGCUCCCUCCGACACCCCUGGCCAACCCCCUGCUGCUCGUACAAAGCCGGACCCGGGUUCUGGGGUCCCAUCUGGCCCAAGCGCGGCGGGGGAGGCCCUAGCAGUGCUGACUUCGUUCGGGAGGCGGUUGUUGGUGCUGGUGCCUGUGUACCUGGCCGGGGCAGCGGGUCUCAGCGUGGGUUUCGUGCUCUUCGGCCUCGCCCUUUACCUGGGCUGGCGCCGGGUUCGCGACGAGAAAGAACGGAGCCUUCGGGCAGCAAGGCAGCUACUGGACGACGAGGAGCGGCUCACGGCAAAAACGCUUUACAUGAGCCAUCGAGAGCUACCUGCUUGGGUCAGCUUCCCAGAUGUGGAAAAGGCUGAAUGGCUAAACAAGAUUGUGGCCCAGGUCUGGCCCUUUCUGGGUCAAUACAUGGAGAAGCUUCUGGCUGAGACUGUGGCCCCAGCUGUUCGGGGAUCUAACCCCCAUCUGCAAACAUUCACAUUUACACGAGUGGAACUGGGUGAAAAGCCACUGCGUAUCAUAGGAGUCAAGGUUCAUCCUAGUCAGAGAAAAGAUCAGAUCCUGCUGGACUUGAACAUCAGCUAUGUAGGUGAUGUGCAGAUUGAUGUAGAAGUAAAGAAAUACUUCUGCAAAGCAGGAGUCAAGGGCAUGCAGCUACACGGCAUCUUGCGGGUGAUUCUUGAGCCACUCCUGGGGGACAUUCCUAUCGUGGGGGCUGUGUCGAUGUUCUUUAUCCGACGCCCGAUCCUAGACAUCAACUGGACAGGGAUGACCAACCUGCUGGAUAUCCCAGGACUUAGCUCACUCUCUGACACCAUGAUCAUGGAUUCUAUUGCUGCCUUCCUCGUGUUGCCCAACCGACUAUUGGUGCCCCUUGUGCCUGACCUUCAAGAUGUGGCCCAGUUGCGUUCCCCUCUGCCCAGGGGCAUUAUUCGGAUUCACCUGCUGGCUGCCCGGGGGCUGAGUUCUAAGGAUAAAUACGUGAAGGGUCUGAUUGAAGGCAAGUCAGAUCCCUAUGCACUUGUGCGUGUGGGCACCCAGACAUUCUGCAGUCGUGUCAUCGAUGAGGACCUCAAUCCUCAGUGGGGAGAGACUUACGAGGUGAUAGUACAUGAGGUCCCAGGGCAGGAGAUUGAGGUGGAGGUGUUCGACAAGGAUCCAGAUAAAGAUGACUUUCUGGGCAGAAUGAAGCUGGAUGUAGGGAAGGUAUUACAGACUGGAGUACUGGAUGAAUGGUUCCCUCUACAAGGUGGGCAAGGCCAAGUUCACUUGAAACUAGAGUGGCUGUCACUUUUGCCAGAUGCAGAAAAAUUGGAGCAGGUUCUACAGUGGAAUCGGGGUGUCUCCUCUCGACCAGAGCCCCCAUCAGCUGCCAUCCUAGUUGUCUAUCUGGAUCGGGCUCAGGAUCUUCCUCUGAAGAAGGGGAACAAGGAACCCAACCCUAUGGUACAACUAUCAAUUCAAGAUGUGACCCAGGAGAGCAAGGCUGUCUACAGCACCAACUCCCCAGUGUGGGAAGAAGCUUUCCGGUUCUUCCUGCAAGACCCUCGAAGCCAGGAGAUUGAUGUGCAAGUGAAGGAUGACUCCAGGGCCCUGACUUUAGGGACACUGACCCUGCCUCUGGCUCGUCUACUGACUGCCCCUGAACUCACUCUGGAUCAGUGGUUCCAACUCAGUAGUUCUGGCCCAAACUCCAGGCUUUAUAUGAAACUGGUCAUGCGGAUCUUGUACUUGGAUUCAUCAGAAAUCUGCUUCUCCACUGUGCCUGGUACUCCUGGUGGUUGGGACCUGGACAGUGAGAGCCCCCAGAAAGGUAGCAGUGUGGAUGCCCCACCUCGACCCUGUCACACAACUCCUGACAGUCAUUUUGGAACCGAGAAUGUCCUUCGGAUCCAUGUAUUAGAGGCCCAGGACCUGAUUGCCAAAGACCGUUUCUUAGGGGGACUAGUAAAGGGCAAGUCAGACCCCUAUGUUAAAUUAAAGCUGGCAGGACGAAGCUUUCGCAGCCGUGUUGUUCGGGAAGAUCUCAACCCCCACUGGAAUGAAGUUUUUGAGGUGAUUGUCACAUCAAUUCCAGGCCAAGAGCUAGAGGUUGAAGUCUUUGACAAGGACUUGGACAAGGAUGACUUUCUGGGCAGGUGUAAAGUGAGUCUCACCUCAGUCCUAAACAGUGGCUUCCUUGAUGAGUGGCUGACCUUGGAGGAUGUCCCAUCUGGCCGCCUGCACUUGCGCCUGGAGCGUCUGACCCCCCGGCCCUCUGCCGCUGAGUUAGAGGAGGUGUUGCAGGUGAACAGUCUGAUUCAGACUCAGAAGAGUGCAGAGCUGGCAGCAGCCCUAUUAUCUGUCUACUUGGAACGGGCAGAUGACCUGCCGCUGCGAAAAGGCACCAAGCCUCCCAGCCCUUAUGCUGUUCUCACUGUGGGAGAGACUUCUCAUAAAACCAAGACUGUUCCCCAAGCGUCAGCCCCUGUGUGGGAUGAAAUUGCCUCCUUUCUCAUCAGCAAGCCACACACUGAGAGCCUGGAGUUACAGGUUCGGGGAGAGGGGACUGGAGCCCUGGGGUCAUUAUCACUGCCCCUCUCAGAGCUCCUGGAGGCAGACCGGCUCUGCUUGGACCGCUGGUUUUCGCUCACCACUGGUCAGGGGCAGGUGUUACUGAGAGCACAGCUAGGGAUCCUGGUGUCACAGCAUUCAGGAGUGGAAGCUCACAGCCACAGUUAUAGCCAUAGCUCCUCCUCUCUGAGUGAAGAACCAGAGCUCUGGGGGGGUACUGCUCACAUCAUCUCCUCAGCCCCAGAACUACGGCAGCGCCUCGCUCAUGGUGACAGUCCCCUUGAGGCUCCCAUUGGCCCUCUGGGCCAGGUGAAAUUGACAAUAUGGUACUACAGUGAAGAACGAAAGCUGGUCAGCAUUAUUCACAGCUGCCGGGCCCUUCAACAAAAUGGACGAGAUCCUCCUGACCCCUAUGUGUCACUGUUGUUACUGCCAGACAAGAACCGAGGCACCAAGAGGAAGACCUCACAGAAGAAGAGGACCCUCAAUCCUGAGUUCAAUGAACGGUUUGAGUGGGAACUGCCGUUAGAUGAGGCUGUCAGGCGAAAGCUGGAUAUCUCUGUGAAGUCCACUUCCUCCUUCAUGUCAAGAGAGCGUGAGCCUUUGGGGAAGGUACAGCUGGACCUAGCUGAGAUAGACCUUUCCCAAGGUGCAGCUCAGUGGUAUGAUCUGAUGGUUGACAAAGACAAGGGCAACUCCUAGGAUCUGGUGGUGACCAGCCUGACUCUACUGUCUUCUUGCCUUGCCUCUUGCUGCAUUACCACCUCAGUUGAUGAGCCUGCAGCUAGGGCCCCAGGGCUGAGCCUGCACCCUUCAGCCCUUUUUUGCCUUUGAGGCCCAUACUAGGGUCUUUGCCUGACCAAAGAGAAGGACCAUAUUUACCCUUUACUGCAUGGCCUUUAUUCUUCAGGCUCCUAAGGCAGGAACCUGAGCUGGCUUUUUCCUGCCUUGCCUGCAUUGUUCUCCUUCCUCCCAAUUCCUCAGGACCUUGUAUACCUGUGCCUGGCUACUGGCAGCACCAGCAGUGGCAUCAGCUUAUGCCAAAUAGAGCAUUUGGAAAAAUCUUUCUCUUUAACUGGAUUGUCAUCUUCUUUUCUACCAUGAGCAGUCAGGGAGGAAAGACAAGGUGGAUAGGCUAACCUCUGAAGUUAUGAGCCUCUUAGACUUGUACAGCAACCCAGGCCUCAAAUCUACUUCCAUCCACAUCUUUCUCAAGCCUGUCCUGAAAAUAUACCUGCUAUGAUAACUAGGGCCAGUCUCCUGACUCACUUUGAAAAAUUGGGAACACUUGGAUUCUACCUAAGCCUCCAAGUAGUGGGAUAUUGGUCAUGGAGCCCCAAAGUGGUGAUGUGCAGAAGGCCAUGAAGGACUCAGGACAACAGGAUCAAUUCUUUGUCAAGUGCCUAGGUUAUAAACUUACUGAUUAGAACUGAAUCUGGUACUUUUAGUUUUGCAUCAACUGUCAAUCCACUGUAUCUUAUAUUAAACAUUACAUGCAAAC